AUGACUGAUAUGAGUAUUAAAACAUUAUGGAAAAUAGACGAAUCCCUCGAUGUUUCUGAGGCGAGUGAGGGUGCGAGCCCCACUACACCCACAUCACAGAUCGGUAUUCCAACUGCAUCAAUAAUGAAUGACAUUGGUGUGAAAUCACCAUGGAAAUUAGAUGAAUCUCCUGAUGCCAAUGAUUUGGCUGAGGGUGCCAGUCCCUCAGCAACCAUGUCAAAGAUCGUUAUUGAAAAUUGUGUGGCGAUAUUGCCUGAGGCUGAUGAAACUGAGAAUGAAAGUCAUGUAGCUCUUGGGAAUAUACGAAGUGAUUUAUGUAUUCCUGACAGGGCAGGUCUUAUUUUAGCUAGCAAUGGCAGGUAUACAGUGAAAAGGAAACUGAACGUCAAAUCUAUUGAGACAAAGUAUGAAGCUAUACUUGCUGUUGAGCGCGGAAAUAGGAGAAAGUCAGACAUUGCAAAGGAUUUUGGAAUUCCGUCAAAUACCUUGUCAUCAUGGCUGAAGUGUGCUGACAAAAUUAAAAAUGCCUUCUUAAACAGUACCUAUGGCCCAGAGAGGAAGAAAAUGCGGACUGGACAUUUUGAAUAUAUUGAACAAGCUCUUUAUAAAUGGUAUGAUGAGGCCAGGCGACAAAACAUUCCUGUUUCUGGUACAAUUCUAAAAAAUAUAGCUGGGGAAAUUGCAAAUAGUAUGGGAGAAACCAACUUCAAAUGUUCCACAGGAUGGCUAGACAGAUUCAAAGGGCGUUAUGCAAUAAGUUUUAAAAAUGACAAGGGAAAAUACUUUCCAUCAUUGUGUUCACAAUCACACCCAAAUGACAUUUACAAUGCAACUGAAACAGGGCUGUUGUAUUGCAUUCUUCCAAAUAAGGAGAGCUUAGCCACAUUAAACUUUCCUAGGGCACAGAAUAAUGACGAAAGGUUUACACUGAUGGUUGGUACGAACAUGACUGGUACCGAUAAGUUACCGUUGCUUGUGAUCGGCAAGGAAGACAAUCCUUUCCAUUCUGGAAAUCAUACAUCACUUGCAUCAUGUUUGAAAUAUGUUUCAACUGAGAAUGUGUUUAUGACAUCUGAAAUUUUCACUAAUUGGAUUUUGGAUCUGGAUAUGAAGUUUCAUGAAAAGAACAGAAAGGUUACUUUGAUUUUGGAUCGGAAUGCUGUUCAUCCUGCGAUAGAAGGCCUAAAGGCAAUAUCACUUGUGUUUGUUCCAGCAACUGAUCGCAAACUGCAGCCAAUGAAUCAGGGCGUCCUUCAUCACCUCAAGGUCCAGUACAGAAAGAAUCUUAUCACUCGCCAAGAACAACUACAAGACACAGACCUAAAAAUAAAUGUUAAAGAUGCGAUACUGCUCUUGGACGAAGCUUGGAAUAGUGUUGGGCCUGCAAAAAUCUUCAGUUGCUUCAAACUGUCUGGAAUAAAAUCAAUGGACGUUGAGGAGGGAGAUAUAAUUCCAACCACAGAUGAAGAGGAUGAAGAUAAAAACAUAAUUUUACAUUCAUUUGACUUCCAGCGAAUCUUAGAUGAGUAUGCUCGGAUGGAUGAGAACAUAUCCACAUGCGAACCUCAGACUUGUAGACCAACUGAUGAUUCUGGAAUUGUAAAUAGUAACAGCACAACAUUAGAAAAGUACUAUGCUAGCACGUUUAUGACAACAGGAAAUUCUGAGGUCCCAACAUCUCGUAAUGUGUUCGAUGGUAGACAGGCAGAUGUCGGUGAUCAUUCGUUUGGUGGUAAUUUGUCCCAAGUUCUUCCAGUGACGGACAUCUCUGAUGACAAUGUGAUGACAAUGAGAAAUCAAAAUUACGGAGAUAGUGACCAUAGUAUAGACACUGGUCAUCAGCAGAGGUCGCAAAGUGCUUCCGAGGACAACAAUCAUUCAAGUCCAUCGACAAUGGAUGCCAUGCAAGCAUGUGUUACUCUGAGGGCCUACCUUGACGCUCAGAACAAUACAAGUGAACUUCUCGAAACAUUGGCAAAGAUAUCAGACCGCGUGAUGAAAGAAGCCCUGGUUGAGCAUCAGUCACAGCAGAGUACUGCUGGUGUAGAAAAAAGUAGUAGGACCAGUACCUCUAGUAGUAAUUCAGAUAGGUUUCAUGUGAAACAUGAAAACAUAGACAUUUAA